AUGAAUGAGGAGAUUGCUAAGAGUUUUUGGGCUUCUUCAAAAGUUGGGUAUUCUUUUUCAAAUUCGAGAGGAAGAUCGGGGGGUUUGCUCUCCUUAUGGAAUAAUGAGAAAUUGGAAGUGUUGUUGAGUUUUAAAGGAGAAGGUUUCUUGGGGAUAAAGUUGAGGUGGGAGCAUAAUUUUUACUAUGUUAUUAAUGUGUACUCUUCAUGCGACUUAAUUAAAAAGAAGGCUUUGUGGGAGGAACUUUUAUCUUUGAAAGAAUCUUUCAAAGAUGGAGAAUGGAUUGUGGGUGGAGACUUUAAUGCCGUGAAGGAUGGGAAAGAAAGAAAGGGCAAAGUUGGAUUGGUUAAUAAUAGGGAGGCGGAUUUAUUCGCGGAAUUCAUUGAUAAAUCUUCUUUGGUGGACGUUCCGUGCAAAGGGAAAAAAUUCACUUGGUUUAGUGGGGAUGGCAAGGCGAAGAGUAGAAUUGAUAGAUUUCUUUUAUCUAGUGUCGUUAUCAAUAGAUGGGAGGUGGUGGGUCAAUUGAUCGGGGAUAGAGAUAUUUCGGAUCAUUGUCCGAUAUGGAUUAAGACGAAUAUUGCCAAUUGGGGGCCUAAACCUUUUAAAUUCAACAACGAGUGGUUUUCUUUGGAUUCUUUUUUACCUUUUGUGGAGAAGGCUUGGAAGAGUAUGGUGGUGGAAGGUAGAGGUGACUACGUCUUGAAGGAAAAACUUAGGAUCUUGAAAGACAAAUUAAAGGAGUGA